AGGCAGAAGGAGAAGACAGCCUUAAAAAGAUGCAGCUGAUGGAGCUUGCAAUUCUGAAUGGCACCUACAGAGAUGCCAACAUCAAAUCACCAGCCCUUGCCUUUUCUCUUGCAGCAACAGCCCAGGCUCCAAGGAUUAUUACUGGGCCUGCGCCUGUUCUCCCACCAGCUGCCCUGCGUACUCCUACGCCAGCUGGCCCUACCAUAAUGCCUUUGAUCAGACAAAUACAAACCGCUGUCAUGCCAAACGGAACUCCUCAUCCCACCGCUGCAAUAGUUCCACCUGGACCCGAAGCUGGUUUAAUUUACACACCAUAUGAAUACCCCUACACGCUGGCACCAGCUACAUCAAUCCUUGAGUAUCCUAUUGAACCUAGUGGUGUAUUAGGUGCGGUGGCUACUAAAGUUCGAAGGCACGAUAUGCGUGUCCAUCCUUACCAAAGGAUUGUGACCGCAGACCGAGCCGCCACCGGCAACUAACCUAUGACCUUCUGACCUCUGAACUCUUCACCCAAUGAUGACCUGACCAUGCCUGCCUGCUGAUCAGUUAACUGGUAAACGCCUUUGCUUGCCUGUCUUCAGUGCAGCGAGCGGGGGCACUUGUCCGUUCGUCUUACCAUCUAACAAAACAGACAAAGAAAUUGUUGUCCUCCAACUCCGCUUUUUGUUGUUCUCCUGUUUGGGUGAAAGUGGUUCUAGAACCUGCACUGAAUAGUAGUAAAGCAAUAAGGUCCAACUCAUCCCUCCGCACUGAUCAUCCUCUAGUGUCCCGCCCCAAGCGAACGGUAAGGAGGCCUCGCACGAGAUGGAGGCAGAUGUCCCUUAACUACCCGAUGACAGAGGCAGUUACUGUGAGAGACUUCUAGGAAUAUUUUUCUUUUAAAAAAAAAAAAAAAAAAAAAAAAAAGAAGUCAAAGCUCUCUCUGAAUGUACUGUGUGAUGAUGCAUCAUGCAUGAACCUUUGGUCAGGGAAGUCAUUGGGGAAGGGAUUCCAAAAAGUAUUCAAAAUUUGAUACGCUGUUUAGUCACUACCAAUGCCCUCAAAGGGCAGAUGCAGCCUUUUUUCUAUUGCCUGCCAAAUUGGACGUUUUAAAGGAAAGUGUGCCAUGAAAUGCAGAUUACGAUGACUUUUCAGAACUACGCUAAUGCAGAGAACAAAACAGCAACACUAUUGAAGCAAAGUCUGAGUUUAAAUUAUUUUAACCAUAUUUUAAUCUCCUCAGAAGAUUACAUGAGAACAAGGUACAUGCAUUAUGUGUCACAUUACUGGGCAAACUGUUCAAAUAUUUUUUUUAAACCUCCCUGUAUAGAAAAAAUUUCAUUAAGGAUGUAAAAGCCAUGCUUGCCUAUUUGCUGUAUACAUGUAAUGAAAUUGUAGAUAAAGUGUAGUGCAUUGAAACAAAAUGAACAAAAAAGUAGAUACUUUUACUAUACAAGGGUGCUGGUGCAGAAAAAAAAAAUAUAUUUUUGGAAAUGUAGCAUUUUAUACUUUCAAGUGUUAUAAAAAAAGAAAAAAAGAACAAAGAAACCCUUUAUUUCAUUAAAUGAUUUUUUCUGGUGGUUGUCAAGAAACAAAAGACCAAAAGAGCCUUUUAGUCUUUCUUUUUUAUUUUUUAAGUAUUGGAAUAAGUCUAAAGAAAAGGAAGUGCCUUAUUUUCUUCAUGGUCAUUUAGUCAAAUGUCUUGUAUAAUCAGCUUCUCCCUCAGACAAGUUACUGCAUGCCACUCAGUCGCCCAGUAUGUGAAAGAAGCUGUGAGGAAAGACAAAUGAUGAGUUGACCAUAUUAAUUACCUGAUUUUUGCCAUACUAGUGUGAUGUGACUUUGCCAAAAUCUCAUUACGUAAAACAUUUGCUAAGUUUUUGUCAAACCAGCCCAUCAUUAUUUCAACCACUCUACUUUUUAAAUCAUAGCAAAUGCCGUUCUUGUGCAAUGUAAACCAAAGGGUUUUGUGAUACAGACUGUCUCAUGCUAAAUGAGACUAUUAGCUGGCAAAUGUUUGUAGAGCUGGAAGCAUGUCAUUUUUGUUCAGGGAUGGAGAGUAGUUUUCCUGAUUUUCGUUGGAGUAAAUGUACAUCAAAUAUAGUAGGCUUCGGCGUCACCCAGAAAACUGAUGUUCUGUGGAUAAUUAAAUUAAAAUGCUCAGCUAGUUUUCAGUUAUAGUCGGAGCGUGUCCCUGGUUUUCACAAGCAGUUCCUGCAGUGGCAAACAGCAUGCAAGUUAUUUAUUUUUCAGCUCUUCUUUUACUACUGUUAGAUCUGCCUGCUGGCUUGUCUUCAUAAGAUAAGCAGGAGAGGGACAUCAGCUAAUUGUUUGAAGUCCAGCUAUACUUAUUUUUAACCUGUAUUUCCACAUGAGAUUCAUAUAGCUGGGCAAUUGCAAGAGCUGAAGCUGUUGAAUGCACAGUAUUCAAUUCUGAAAACAUUAAGUAUUACUUCGCAUGGGACUCAGUACUGAACUUGGCAAAUAUCAGGUGAUAACUUUAUUCCCCUCUUGUCAACUUAUUCUCCUCCUACAAAUCUUCACAGCUUCCAAGUGAAAGGUCAAUAGUAAGCUAAGAGGGCUUACAUUUUUAAGCACCUGCAUGGUGACCUCAUCUAACAUCUUGUCUCACCUGGAAAUAAUUAUCAGUUUAUUUACUAUGCAAUAGACAUUCAUCCUUUUGUAUUCAGCUAGCUUUUUGUUUAUUGUGCCACCGGCUUUGUCUUCCUGUUACACAUACAGUUGUGUUGAUUUUACUUACAGUAUAUGCUGUGCCAUUUUGAUUUUAUUUUGGUUGGUUGGUUGAAUAAACUUGCGACACUCGAACAUUUGAAGAGAGAUUUGCUAAAACAAUACCAGUAUUUGAUCCAGUUUCAUCUCAACUAUGAUAAAACCUGGACAUUUUAGAUGUUUAUCAAAGGUCUUUUACUGGGGGGGAGGGGAAGUGUAUGAAAUAGAUGUGUGACAUGUGAAAGUAAUGUUUGCUCUGAACAAGCUUCUGAAAACUUUGUUGACAAAAUUUUGGAUCAACUUAAAAAAAAAAAAGCAUGACUUUUGAAAUCUCUGAAUGCCUUGGUUCUCAGUAUUAUCAUUCUUUAAUGACUUUUUCUUUAUUAAAAUAAGUAGUUUUAA